AUGUCAAAUUAUCAACCUAAGCCGGGUAUUUAUCAUGUAACACAUCCGACAAACAAGGUGCAGUGGUCUAAUUCAUCAAUACCAUGUACUCUGUACAAUGACUCUAAUACAAAUAAAUUAAACCCUGUAAAACAGAAUACGUUACAUCAACCUAUCAAUGGUCAAUUUUCACACAAUUAUAGAAUGUAUAUGGCGACAUCUGGUUUUUCUUAUAAUUAUUCUGGUCAUGAGGAUACAACAGUAGCAAAAGAUUCUGUUCCAAAUGGUAAAAAGCGUAAUGCAUGUGACAAUCGUGAAACUAGUAUUACCAAUAUCAAAAAACCAAGAGUUAUGAUAAUAGAGAAAGAUGUUGGUGUUGAAGAGACAAAUACUUCCGAACCAAAGGUUUCUGUUGCACCACAAAUUGCCAGUGCAAUAUCAUCUCAUAAGAACAAACAUAAGAGUCAUUUGUUUUCACCAAGUUUUAAAGAUUAUAUAAGACGGCAAAAUGAUAAAGUCUCCCGUAAUGCUAGUGAGACGUAUCUAAAUGAUGGUAGUUUAAAUCCAGAACUUUUUGUUAAUAAUGAUUCAGAAAUUCCUAAUUUUCAUUCUAAUGAAAAGAUAUUUUCUAAUGUUGAAAGCAGCAACUAUGAGGAAGAAGAAGAUAGCUGCGAUGAUACUAGAGAAAGUUAUCUUCCAAAAUCACUGGAGUUACAAAAUAUUGUAGUUAAUGCUGAUCAGGAAUUUUCAACUGCUAAAGUACCAGAAUUUCUCGAAAGUGAUUUUUCAAAAGUGGUUACUUCUGAAGAUUUUAUGACUGGAACUAAAAAUAUGUACAAAAAUUUUGUCAUUCAAUUUCAACCUGUUGUAGAUGGCUUAGUUGACAAAGCUAAAAGUACAAAAAAAGAGGAUCGAGACAGUUUAGCUAUGGAUAUGUGGCAGUUGGGAUGCCUUGAAAAUACUAUUAGAAAUAAGGUGGAAAAAAUUGAUGUUGCUGAGAAAAAGUUGCUUUCUCUUUUAAAAAGUUUGGAAAAAAGGAAAUUUAUAUUAAAUAAUAUUGAAAAAACAAUACAUGAAGGUAAAAGUAAGAUCUAUAAAGCAGCUGAAAAAUAG